GAAAAUAUCAAAAUGUCGGCAGCAAAAAACGAUCUAAACAAUUCAACAAUUUCCCAGGAGUUUAUAUUAAUGCGUCCCGAAUACGAUUUAAGAGUUAACCAACUGGAACGAGAUGUUUACGAGUGCGUCAGAAUUUUAAAUAAUAUUAAAAGUACUAAGGAUCAGAAAGCAUCUAAAAAACAAUCGGAAGCCGCGAAGUUCUUAGCCUGGGAGUUCAAUUUGAAAGAUUUUCCAGUGGAGAACAUUGCCAUCCGGCUUAAAGAUGGCCACGUUUAUCUUCAAGCCUAUAAAAACGAUAUGGAUAUCAAAAUAGAAAUUUUUAUGCCAGAGAAUGUGGAUAAAUCGAAAAUAUCAGCCAUAUUGACCACGCGUGGUAUUCUUACCAUAUCGGUUCCAAUCGUUUUAUCUCUUUCGGAUGAACAAAAGCUUAUGUCUUAA